AUGGUCUCUCUCGCUUCCCCGAGAACGACCAUGCCGCCGCCGGCAACCCCACCCGUUAAACGACCUACGCUCGGCGCACUCAAGCGCGAUAGCUCAUACCUCGAUACCGACGACGAGGCCGGCCUCUCGUCGACCACGAAGAAGCUGAAAGUCACCUUUGAUCCGAACGUGGAUGUCCGGACUUUCGACGGCGCGGGGGACAAGAGUUUCGACCUGGUCAAGGAGGAGGUUUCCCAGGCGCUCGAGCGGCAUCUGGGGGAGUCGCAGGACGAUGAGCGGUACAACAAGCUGGUUCAGAUGCUAGAGAAGGAUGCAAGGUCUUCGGAAGCGCUGAGCCCAAGGUUGUUGAGGAAGUACCUGGUUGCGAUCGAUGCGAAGGUCAACCGCCUGAGGCGAUGCGGUUCGCUGGUCUCUGCUGUGCUGGGCGUGCAGUGGGUGGGACGAGACGAUGCUUUCGUGGAGACGUACACGAAGGUGCUGUGCGAUCUGGCUUGCGCACAUGGCAGAUUUAUCCCGAGCAUUCUGGAUAAGCUGGUCUCGCAUUUCGUCAAGCUUCCCGCUUCUCUUGGACGACUGCCGGAGGAGACGCCUGUACCGAGGACGAGGAUGUUUGCGAGGGCGCACAUGCUUCUGAGAGCACUGAUCCGCAUCGUACCUUCCGCAAGUACUGCUCUGGUGCGGUCUAUAAAGCUCGCAUUUCCCACCGACCUGGAGACGACUCGAUCCUACUUGCAGUAUCAGAAGCAUGUCUUGCGGGUGGCGGAAGAAAUACCUGAGCUGAAGUCUGAACUUCUUGCGCUUGUUGCCCAGAAGCUGGUUAGCAUUGAUGUACAAGUACAGCAAGACAUAGAAGAUCUGGAGGAGGAAGCGGAAGAGAAGCUGUUACAACGGCCCAGCUCGAAAGAUGGCAGCCAAGAGGAGUCGGAUGAUAGUGACAUCAACUCUGUCUCCGAGUCUGAAGAAACGAUCACAGAGGAGGAACAACGACUACGAGACCUGCGCCUCAAGGUCGCUAAGAUGGAUGGAACUAUGGACCUACUCUUCGAAUACUACACACCGCUGAUCGAGUCGGACCCAAACCCUCGCUCCAAUCCAGCCUUCUUGGAGCUCCAGGCGCACUUCGCUGCGUUCAUCCUACCAAACCGCACACGCCACGCGCAGUUUCUCCUCUUCCAUUACUCGCAGAACUCUCCAGCUCAUACAGCCGCCUUCGUCCAGCAGUGCCUACAACUUACACUCAACAAUAACGGCCCUUCCAUCCACCGACUCACCGCCUGUGCAUACCUCGCCAGCUUCACCGCCCGCGCCACCCACCUCUCUACCGGCGCUGUCCGAGACGUCUUCGUCAUGCUCACCAACUACCUCAACGACCUCCGCCAACGCUACGAACCCACCUGCCGCGGCCCCGAUCGAAGAAACUAUAGCCUCUACUACGCCAUCGCCCAAGCACUCCUCUACAUUUUCUGCUUCCGCUGGCGCGACCUCGUCACCGGCUCUGCCAGCCCGGACUACGAAGACACCAGCGACUUGAGCGAAGAAGACGCGCUAGCCGAAGGCCACGACCUGCGCUGGCUCCCCGGGAUCCAAGAAUCACUGCGGCAAAACAUGCACUCCAAGCUCAACCCGCUGAAAGUCUGCUCCCCAUCCAUCGUCGCGCAAUUCGCGAAGAUCGCGCACCACCUCCGCUUCGUGUACGUCUUCUCGCUCAUCGAGAUGAACAAACGCGUCCGGUUGGCGAAUUCGACGAACUACUAUGGAUCUUCCGGGCUCUCGGAGAUUGGGCGGAGGGAAACGGCUUUCGAUCGCAAGACUGGGGAAGCGCAUCAUCAGCUCGAGGCGUAUUUUCCGUUUGAUCCGUAUGUGCUGCCGAAGAGUAAGAGGUGGGUUGAGGGGGAUUAUAAUGAGUGGAAGGUUCCGAGGGGCAUGGGUGGGGAUGACCAGCAGGAUGAGGGGAGUGAUAGUGGGAGCGAGAGCGAGGACGAGGAGGUUGAUGAGGAGGAAAGUGAGGAUGAGGAAGUUGAGUUGGGAGCUGUACAGCCGCAGCAGCCGGGAAGGAUGGUCUCAUACUAA